AUGGCAUCCACUCUACCAUCCCUACCUGUGCAACACAAUCAAUUUGUCGACUAUGUGCGAUCGCAACCAACCACGCCAAUGGCCGAUUUGAUCAAGCCAUACAUUGAAUUCGAUGCAGUGAUGCGCAAGAAGUUUGCCCAGGAGCCACUGAGCCGUGAGGUUCAAGACAAUCAUAUCAACAUUGUACCAAUCUUUGACCCGACUGGCUGCAACGACCUUCGCAUUCGGGCGCGUGAUCUUGCAUCUGAAACACCAGAGCAAACAGAGAAGUACCUCCUGCCACUGAGCGCGAAAGAUCGGAAGCCAAAUGGCUCACCAGCCAUUGUUCCCACAGUGGAAGAGUUCCGGAAGAAUUUCGCCUUGUUCACCGAAGGCUGUCUUAGCGACAUAGAUUGGUCGAACGUGGUUGCCGCUGGCAGUGCGGUGGUCACUUCUUUGUUACCAGUACCAGAGCAAUACCGCAAUUCAAAGCGUGGUCUUCGCAAGUAUUACCACGAUAUAUUUGCCCCAGCAUCCGACGUUGAUCUGUUCUUGUAUGGCUUGAAUGAGGAACAAGCAAUCGAGAAGAUCAAGCACAUUGAGGACCAGAUCAAGAACACGAUUCUUUAUGAAACAACUACAGUGCGAACAAAAAACACAAUUACUAUUGCCUCGCAGUACCCAAAUCGUCAUGUCCAGAUUGUUCUUCGAAUCUAUCGUUCGGUAGCUGAGAUUUUGACUGGUUUCGACGUGGAUGUUUCGUGCGCUGCCUUCGACGGCCGCCAGGUCUACGCUUCCCCGCGUGCAAUUGCUGCAUACAUUACUCAAGUCAAUCAGAUUGAUUUGACUCGCCGAUCACCAUCCUAUGAGAACCGGCUGUCCAAAUAUUCCCACCGUGGAUUCGAAGUUUUCUGGCCCGGACUCGACCGAUCCAGGAUUGAUCCGACCAUCUUUGAGCGAACCUUCAAUCGGACUGUUGGUCUUGCUCGCCUUCUCGUUCUGGAGAAACUUCCGAAAUCUGAUGACCGAGAUGCAUAUCUCAGCAAGCGACGCGAGGAGCGCGGUCGUCCCGCCCUCAGUGUGUACAUGCGACGUCGCCAAGGAAAGGAAUUGCGGGGAAAUAUCAAGGAUGACUGGGAGGAUGAGGUCCCAGAGUGGCAGGAGCAAGACCAAGUUUCUGAUUACAACACAUUUACUAUCCCGUACGGUCGAAACUUCAACGCCAAGAAGAUUGAGAAGAUGCUGUAUACGAAAGACCUGCUCCUCAACGCCCAAUGGAAUCAGCCCAAAGACCGAGACGUUUAUCUUCAUCGUCACCCGGCAUUUUUUGGAGAGGCUGAGCAUGUCAUCCGUGACUGUUGUGGCGCUUGCCCCGUGCCCGUCACCGAGGAAGAGCAGAAAAUUGCCGAAGAAGAAAGCAAAAUCUAUGUCUCCGGUGACAUCAGCUUCAUGAAAGAUGACCCUGGUCGUCAGGAAAUUGGAAGUUUCAACCCAAUCACCGAGACCGACUGGACCGAAAUGGCAUAUGUUGGCCGCACUGAACGACUGUGCCAGGCAAUUGUCGCAGAUGAUCUAAAGGGCGUGCAAGCUUGCCUCGCGGAGGAAGGAUCGAACCCAGAUCGUCGCGACUACACGGGAAGAACUCCCCUCCAGCUAGCUUGCAUGUCCUCUACCCCUGAGAUUGUCCAAACGCUCGUGGACCAGGGAGCUCGGAUGAUUCCACGCAUGGCCGAUGGCAAAACAGCUCUCCACAUUGCUGCUUCUCGAGGAGACGUUGACGUUGUUCGAAUCUUGCUCACAAGAAGCAACCAAAACGAGGAGGAAGAGCUCAAGAAGCAAGACAAGUUGAAGGAAACCACUUUGGAAAAAGACUCGAGCAAAGCUUCGCCGCAAGAGGACGAGCCAAUGGGUGACGCAGACGAUCAAGACGAAGACAUGUCCCAUACAUCUGCAUCCUAUGUCAAGGUUGAGCCAGAAGAACCAUCGACCACCUAUGACACGCUCGAGGAGAAUGAUCUUGAGCCCGACAUUUAUGACGUUAACGUGGUGGCGUGGGACAGUCGCGCUUCGCCGUUGCACCUCGCCAUGCUCAAUGGCCACACAAAUGUCGUCAAAGAGCUAGUCUCUUCCUUUGGUGCCGAUGUCCUCAUGCCUGUCAAAAUUCUCAACGACUACAACAGAAAGCCCGAGGCAGCAAUUCUUAACUUGGUGCUUGCUUUCUCACUUCCCUCAGAGAAGCGAACUGAGAUUUUCCGUGCUCUGUUGGAGCUUGGCGCCUCUCCCGCACAAGCUGAUCUGACGCAAAAGACCACGGUUUACUACAGCGUCCAAUGUAGAAUGGAGGAGUUAUUAGAUAUCUGUUUUGAACAUGAUAUGCCAGCAGUCAAGCGAGCCCUCAAUCACUUGACUGUAGGCGGAUCGAGCUGGUCACCGUCUUCCUCAUCUGCCUUGACGGCAGCUCUGAAUGACGGGAGGCCCGAAAUGGUGCUCAAGCUACUCGAUGCAGGUGCAAAGCCUGCAUUUGAGCUCAACGAGCUUGUCAAAGCUUUCAAGGCUGCCAAUCCCAACGAGAGAUACUUUGGUGGUCUCGAGGACCGCUUGAUGGAGGGUCUUCGUCAGCCAAUUCUCCUAGCCGUCUCCAACGACCUUCCACUCAUUGCGAUUGAGAUGCUCAAUCGGGGCGUUAGUUCUAAUACUGAGACCAAGUCCCGAUGGAACACUGAUGGUCAAAGUCUCUUGGAUUAUACCCGAGAAAGGAUUCAAAACUUGCGAAACUUUAUGAAACCACAAGAGGAGUGGCACCCUUGCUGCAGCUCUCACACACCUAUCCACUUUGAGGGAGACGAUGACUUCUAUUUGGGCAACCUCCCAUCUGACAGUUACCGCAGACUUAUUGCCAAGUUUGCAUUGAAAUCUUCCCGAAAAGCUAGCGAAGAGGCCGAAGCGCAGUAUGAAAACCAGAAGAAGUCGCGCACCAACCACCCCGGAAUCGAACGCAAGAGGGACGCUGUUGCCAGCUUGAUACUUGAUUACGAAAGGUUGGAAAAAGAGCUUUUGUCGCGAGAUGCAAAGACUUGGAGAGAGCUUCACCCUGACGAGGAACAUCAUGAGCCACGAGAGGGGUAUCAGCACAAGCACAAGAAAGUCACCAGCAAGACUUUCAAGAUUGAAUACAAUUUCAGUGAACCUGGUCUUACUGAUAUCCGCCGGGAUGCAUACAUUCAGCUGUUCGAAGCAGCUUGGAACGGCGAUCUUGAAACGAUCAAGUCCUUGACACUCAGCAUGUGGGGACCUGAUGCGAGCCAGCAACCGCUCGAAUUGGCAACUACCGGUAACAACAUGCUUUCUUGCCUUUCGAUAUCGGUAAUGCGAGGUCACCUCAACGUUGCGAAGUCAAUUCUACAAAUUCUCGGUCAGCAAUACAAACCUAAAGAAUCCCGCGGUCACACUCGAUUCGAGAUUGGUUCAGAGAACGAGUCGGACGACGAUGAUGACGAUGAAGACAACCUUAACAUUGUGGGUGACGUUGUUGACGAGACCUUUACUCAUGAUAAUGUCGGGGAGACCACCACCCAGGUUGAAAGUGAAGUGAGUCCUCUGAGAGCUCUUCAAUCCAACUUCAACGCUUCGGAUUUCCUGGAGGAGUACAGGCCCGAAGAGUUCAACCACUUCUUGUCUGCUUGGGGAAAACGACGCUCUCCCAAUGUGAACACUCUCGUCAAAUAUGCGAUCUACACGAAUGAUCUUGCAUUGUUGAACUGGCUUCUUGGUGCUGUGAAGAGCCUUGAAGGCGACCAAAUCGACAGUAUAGACGAGAGCGAGUUCAAGUUGGCAAUUUCACUUGGAAGGACCGACUUCAUCGCAAAGAUGAUUCAGUUUAGCGCAGUUGGCCUUCCCCUCGCCAAACUAAGUGCAGACUCCGGGGUUGAGGAGCCGAAGGAUGCCAAGUACUAUCAAGGGCUAUCCAUUCGCGGCGCGAAGCGGUCUGAUUGGGCAAACGCAGGUCGUGUUCGGACAGUUAAGCCUUCUGACUCGCCUACGCCUCUUUUGAUCUCUGCUUUUGCAGGAAAUAUUGCCAGCACCGAGUUCUUCUUGGGAACCGCGCCCGGUCGAUACUAUCUUGAGUGUGUGAACUCUCACCUGGACAGAAAGGAGGUCAAGCGAAUCAGCCAAUCUAAGCUUGGUCUUGAAGGAUCUGUUCUGAAUUGGUUGCAGACACGAAACAAUCUUGUUUUGCACUGCGCAGUGAUGUCCAACCCAUCUGAAGAGUCAGAGCGUCUUGUGAAGUACCUGGUUGACCUCCACCCAGAGUGCUUGGAGGUGCAAUGUGAAAGUGGAAAAACACCUCUGGCAUUGGCAUUUUCCCUCCACCGGACGAACUUCGCUCGUACAUUGAUAGCCGCAGGAGCUAAUCAGGCAACACGAGAUCGCCAAGCAAACAAUCUUCUCCAUAUGCUUCUUUAUUCCGAAAAUGCCAAGUUCUGCUCUCAAUCUGAGACAUUCACGGAGCUCGUCGGGUUAUUGGAUGCUGAUUUGAUCCCCACGAUGCUAGUUCAACGUGCAGGAGAAAACGCAAGAACACCCUUCACACACUGGCUCCAUAUCCUGCCUCAAUAUUACCAGAAUCUACACAAAUCCAAGGCAGAAAUUCGCGGAGAUCCAGAGGCUUUAUCGACUGAGCCAAAGUCGAACUAUCGGAUUGUGACUUCCAUGAUACGUGUGAUGUUGGACUUGGCUAUUCCCAGCAACCAAAAGCACCUGGAGGUUUUCGAUGGAGCUGGGAACACCCCGGCCCAUCUGGCCGUCAAGGGAGACCAGCCCGAGAUUUUGGAGAUGUUGCUUGAACGUCGUCCUGAUUUACUCUAUCGCGAGAACUCAACUGGAACCACGCCGCUUGAAAUGGCUGUUGCUGCUUGGGUGAACGAUACCACAUCACGGCCCCCGCGCGGUUCUGCUGCUAACUCAACCGACAUUCUUCAACGCGAAUCUCGGUCUUUCCUGAAAGCUCCGAAAGUUUCGAGCGAGCCUUCUAGUCGCGAGCUUACCAUGCUCCGAGUUUGCCAAGAGCAUGCAAAGAAGAGCCCUGGAAAGAGACGACUGGUCAGUCUUUUUGAGGCGAAUGAGGUUGCUAAAAGACUUGCUACUACGCAACGCUCCUCCGAGAAUAACAGGGGAAGAUGUUUCCGUCGCCGUUAUAGCGAUGACAGUAUUAGUGGUGACGAGGUUGAGCAGUGGGUUGGAACUACUUGGCAC